AUGGAGACGGCGGCGAGUCUGAGCUGCGGGCAUGUCGACACGACGACGGUGGAAAGUCAACGGUGCUGGAGCCUUUCCCUUCCUCGAUCAGAGCGGCUAUUCGUUCGCCUUUGUUGCUUCGUGUACACCACUCUCUGCUUCUCUCUUAUUCGCCCCUCCAUGCUGUCCCCGGCGGGCGUCUACCCCGACAUAUGGGCGACUCCAGUCUGUGUUGGAUUUCCUGGACGCCAGGAAUUGUCGAAGAAGCACCUAGACGGAAUGCGGAAGGCAGUACACACACACAGUUGUUGUGUCCAAAUGAAGAAGAAGCAGGCGUGUGAGCGACACGAGAGACGAUUGCCAUUCCUCGGAAUUCUACUCUUGCAGAUUGAAUCAGGUCUCGGCCACCAAAACGCUUCCACUUCGAACGUCUUUCUUUUGUUCAAUUUCCUAUCCCCUAGUCCAGAAAGUGUGACUCGGCUUCUCGUUUUCGUUUUGCCUUUCCGUCAUCAUCAACUUACCUGCGUCAGGAUAGCCGCUAUAGCGCAACAUGCCGGGUGA